AUGUCGAGCGAUGUGCUUCUGGGCACGGCGUACCUGGCGCGCUCUGAGGUGCUGCGCGCGCUUCAGGCAGGCAGCUGGCUGUGGCAGCUCGGGGAGCGUGCGUCCGCGGACGCGUGCGUGUCCGGGGGCGCCCUAGUCGCGUGGCAUGAAGGCGGCGCCGGCGGGCGCGGCCGGCUGGUGCUCGGCCAGGCUAUCGGCGCUCAUGUGGCUGCAGACCUUGCAGGCGUCGUCGACCCAGCAGCCAGCUACUUGAUGCUCAAGCACGGCGGGCAGGCUGUCCCCGUCAGCGCCCUGCUGGAGACCCUGCCAGACGGCUCGCAGCAGUGGGGCGACGCGUGGCGCGAGCUGGAGCGGCAGCAGGAGGCCGAGUACGGCGGCCCGCCCCUGCUCACGCCGGAAGAGGUGCUAGAGCUCUGCGAAGGGUUUGUCAAGACCUUGACAGAGCCCCCGCGCGGCGAGGCGUGCUGCGCCCUGCUGACGCGCCUGGCGCAGCUGGCCGGCGGCUGCCCUUUGCACCACCUGCGCCCGCUGAUGGCGCGCGCCCGCGCAGCAGCCGGGGGCGCCGCCGUGCCGCUGCCCGUUGUGGCCGCUGCUGACGCGUGCCUGGCGCGGCUGUCGCCGGCGCUGCAAGCUGAAGCGCCAGAACUGCUGACGCAGCUGGCCACCCGCCUUGCGUUGCAGAUCCCCGCCGACCAGCAGGCUGCACUCAUUGCUGCGCUCGGCGGGCAGCAGCAGCAGCAGCAGCAACAGCAGCAGCAGCAGCAGGACCCACAGCAGGAGCAGCAGCACGACCCGCAGCAGCAGCAGCACCCGCAGCAGCAGCAGCAGCAGCUGCGCCAGCACCAGCACCAGCACCAGCAACAACACCAGCAGCAACAGCAGCAGCAGCAGCAGCAGCAGCAGCAGCAGGACCCACAGCAGGAGCAGCAGCACGACCCGCAGCAGCAGCAGCACCCGCAGCAGCAGCAGCUGCACCAGCACCAGCACCAGCAACAACAGCAGCAGCAGCAGCAGCAGGACCCCCAGCAGGAGCAGCAGCACGACCCCCAGCAGGAGCAGCAGCACGACCCCCAGCAGCAGCAGCAGCAGCAGCAGCAGCACCCGCAGCAGCAGCAGCAGCAGCAGCAGCAGCAGCAGCAGGACCCCCAGCAGGAGCAGCAGCACGACCCCCAGCAGCAGCAGCAGCAGCAGCAGCAGCAGCACCCGCAGCAGCAGCAGCAGCAGCAGCAGCAGCAGCAGCAGGAGGGUCAGCGCCACACCGCCCAGCCAGACGAGCAGCGGCAGCACCGCGCCUUCGAACGCUCCACAAGCGGCUCAGGGCUCGGACUGGCGCCAGGCCAAUCGAAGCCGUCGCACCCCACGUCUCCCGGAGCCUCCAGCAGCGCCGACAGCGGCCGGUGCUGGCACACCGUGGUGGCGGAGCAGGGCUCCCCAAAAGACGGCCCCCGCUCCCGCCCGCGCUCGCGCUCAAGGUCCCGCAGCUGCCAGGCGGCAGGCAGCGCAGGCGGCCGUGCUGCUCAGGCGCUGCGCGUGGGCGGCGACGGGCCGCGCAGGCGCAGCAGCCGCAGCCGCGACCUCAGCCGCGACAGGGGGCCGCGUUCGAAGCGCGAGCGUAGCAGCAGGAGCCGCAGCCCCGGUCGUCCAAGACUCCGACCACGGCACGGUGGACCUGAUGAAGCAACAGCUGCUGCGCCGCCACAAGGCAUUUCGGUAGCCCCCGGCCUGCGCUGGCUUUGGGACGCGGCCCCGGCGGCACUGGGGAUAGAGUCGCUCGGCGGCUUCCCCAGAAUCAGCGCAAGGCAGCUGGAAGAGCUGCGAGCUGCGGCGCUGGUGCACGUGUAUCAGGAGGCAGCACGGCAGCUCAACUCCCACCUGCGCCACCCCUCAUGGGGCGCGGCAUCGUCCAAAUGGACCGAGCGGCACGUGGCUGUGCCGCUGGCCCUGCUCGCGCUGCCGCCAGAAAUGGGAGGCAAGGCAGCCGUGCGCGCAUCGCUGGCACAAUCCUGCAGUGCGCUGGAGCUGUACAGGCCGCAAGGAGAUACAAUACGGCAGCAGCAGCAGCCGCGGCAGCAGCAGCAGCAGCAUCAACAGCAGCAGGAGCAGCAUCAGGUGGUGGAGGACGAGCAGGAGCAGGUGCGGCUGCGCAACGACUGGAAGGACGUCGUUCUGAGUCACCAGCUGCUGCAAAUUUUCGUCCUUUUGGCCGGCAAGCACCUGGGACUGAUGCGGGAGCCCAGGCCCUUUGCUGUCAUUGAGUCGGAGUUCAUGGCGGCAUCUCGGCGGGUUGUGUACUGCAAGCUGUUUGGAGACGCAUUCGGCCUGGCCUGCGCGCUCCAGUCACAGCUUGGGCUCCUGCUGCUGCAGCGCGUGUCCAGCCCGGCCUCCAAAUGGUUUGUGAUGCGGGCCGGCAACCCUGGCUCUGCAGCCGACCUGCGGCAGAGGGCGGAGCUGGAGAGAGCGGGGUAUGCAGUUGUGGGCAGGGACGGCCUGCCAGAGGCGCGGAUGGCCCGCGCUCCGGCGCCGCGCGAUGAGGCGCCGCGGGGCCCGGCGUCGCCGGCGCGUGUCCGCGCAGCCCACGGCGAGCGCGGCGCACACAUCAGAGGAUCAGCGGCAUGGGAGGGCGCAGCGAGGGCCAGAGGCGUGCGUUCGCUGCACUUGGUCAACGUGCGGGGCCCGCGGUGUCAAGUGAUACUAGAAGCGGUGUGUGCGCGCUUUGGUCCGGUGGAGUCUGUGGCCGUGUUCCCGCGGCGCGGCUACGCCUUUGUCAACAUGCGAGAGGCGGAGGACGCUGCGGCGGUGUAUCAUGCUCUGGACUCAAAGGCUUUGCCUGGGGUGACGGCGCCGGGCAGCGUGCUGACUGUGCGGCCUCAGUUCGCCACACCGCGCGACGUCGCGCAGCGCGUCGGUAGCAGCGUCAGGGCAAGGGCGCGCGACAACGAGUAA